UUGCUUGAAUUGCAGAUGCAGGUCCAGUCGCUCGCGUCGCAGCUCAAGCAGGCGAAGGCCAAGCCCCCCGAAGCGACGGCCACCACAGCGGGUGCUGAAGGUGGCGAUGGCGAAACGGGGGCCGAGUCAGCUGUCAAGAAGAGGCUGGACGAGUUGGAUGGUUACGUUCAGCAGCUGGCUGGCGUCGACACGCCCGAGGUUGCCAAGCUCGUGGAGCAGUGCAAGUCUGAGCAGGAGAAGCCGCCCUCGCAGCGGCUCAAGCCUCUUGGUUUCAAGAUCACUAUAGUCGAGCAGCAGAUCACCAAGCAGGAGACGGCCCGCAAGCUCAAGCAGGCACAGCUGGUGGCCUUGCAGUCGGAGCUCGCCAAGCAGGACGACGCGCUGGUGGAGUCUCGCAAGCAGUUGCUGGAACUCGAAGGCCAGCGCGCCCACCUGGUCGGCGCCCUGCCUCAGCCGCCUUCGGUGGCCCCAGAUGCGGGCGGUGGCGAGAGCAGCUGGACCCUGCCCAAGUUGGAGCAAGUUCUUUUUACUGCUGGGCCUACUGGGGACCUUCAGCAAGAGGUUGCCGCGGUGGUGGGCAAAAUGCGCCAGCAUCGUCAAGCUCAAGAGCAGCAAGCCCAAGCCCAGCGCGAGGCUCAGCAGAAGCAGGCUGAAGAAGCUGCCGCCCAGGCCGCUCGCGAACAGGAGUGGCAGGAUGCAGCCAUGGACGCCGAAGACGGCGAUGCCCAGGGGGAGGAGUCGCUCAACCAGGCCACGGCUGAGCAGCUUCGCGAUUUCCUGCGUCAGUCUGGUGCCGAUCUCCCAAAUGCUGAAGAUGCCUCUGAAGAGGAGCCCCGUGCUGCAGUCAAGCGCAUCCGCCUGGCCAAGCCCAAGUGGAAGGUGGUCAAGAAGCCACGCACAGAAUGA